UCUGAUAUUUAUAGUAUUGCAAUGCUUAUGUGGGAGAUUUCAUCUGGUCAACCACCAUUUAUUAAUUAUGAACAUGAUUAUUAUCUUGCAAUGAAAAUAAUUGAAGGUAUAAGACCAAAAAUUGUACCAGGAAUUCCUAUAGAAUAUAAAAACCUAUUGAUACAAUGUUGGGAUGCUAAUCCACUAAACAGACCAGAUGUUAAAACCCUUCUGGAUAAAAUAAGA